UUGCUUUUUCUCAAAGAGUAAUUCAAUGAAUGGUAUGCCCUUAGUUUCUGUAGUGAAUAUUCACGACAGCUAUUAUCUUGAUAACUGUUUUGCGAAGCAGUCAACUACAUGCUAUAAUGAUUACAGAAAUUGUAAUUGGAUUCCUACAAUAGCUUACAAUAAUCACCAGCCUUAUCGGAACUGACACAGAUUGUUCGAAGGAGAUGUAAUAAAAUUCGGGAGACUAGUAUUCGAAAUGAGGGUACUCUGAACAAACCCAGGAAAGGUCAUGCCCAUGAAACAUUCCAGUAACAUAUAAUCAAUAACUUAAAUGAUUCGUUCGAACGACUGCAAGGAAUGUCUAGAACAGAAAAAUAUAUAGAUCCGACAAACUUCAAAUAAACUCGAGCUUGGAGCUUCCUAUAUUGAAGAUCAAUCUCUGGAUGAAAGUACCUUCGAAAAGGAGUUUAAGUGUAACUGCAGAAUCUGCCUUUCUGGGGAGUGAGACCGAGCUGACCCCCUCAUAUCAAUCUGCAAAUGAUCUGGUACUGCCAAAUACAUACAUCUUACAUGAGCUAAAGAGUUACUGAAAUGAAAAAUGAAAAUAAAGAGAUCUCAGCACUAUAUUUCCUUUACCUGGGAAAGCAUGAUUUGAGAACUUUGAAAGGGCAAACUACCUGAUACGGUCGAAAUCCCGACUGAAGCUAGCAAUAGUAUGAAAGAUAGUAAUCUCACAUUGAUGGAGAAUACCAAACUUGUAUAUCUAAUCGAUACUCCAGAAGAAAUUUUAGAGUUCCCAUAUAUAAUGAUGGAAUGACUAAAUGUAUCAAUGCUGAAGAAAAAUAGCUCAAAAAUCAUUUACUUUAUAAAAAUGGUUGAGGAGAAAGUCAUAAUUGGUCGCGGCCAAGCAGCACAAGUACGGUUAGCUGAUAUCUCGAUCUCAAGACAGCAUACUGCUCUUUAUCUCACCAAUAACAAUGAGUUUUAUCUAACAGACCACAAGAGCAAAUUUGGAACACUGAUUCUCCAAAAAGAGCCAAUUAAGUUAAACACUAAACCAACUUCAGAAUGCUUGAUCCAGAGCGGCAGGACUUUACUAAACAUCAGGCUGAGAAAUGUUGCAACAGGAUUGUGCUGUUGCAAAACUAGGGCUAAAAACCUUCAGGCAGGAGUAAACUACUUCGACCACAUUCAUUGUUUCCCAAAAUACUUCAAAAGAUUCAUAGUUGAAAAGAAAGUAUGAGCUCCCAAAGCCAAGAAAAUCAGCAUCAACGAAGUCAGCAAACUUGAGGUACCUCCAGCCGAUGUUCCUCAGGAUUCUUUGGAGAUGGACGAGUUAAGGCCGAGCCUAAAGAAAGUCAACUUUAAAGAAUCCAAUGAAGAAUCUAAAAGUGAGCUAGAGAUUGACAACUCGAUUAAAGUCAAGAUGAACCCCUUAUUUAAUGAUAACGCACCAAGACUGACUGAGACUCAGAACUUUUCACAGCCUAUUCAGACUUUCCAAGAUAAUGAUGAAAACAAUAAGACUCAGAAGGAUCUUGAUCGGGAAUUUAGGAGUCUUGAUAUCGAUGACUCUGACCAAGAGAAUAAUGACCUAGAAGAAGAAUGAAAAGACAUGGUGAUGGAUAGUCAAAAUUUUGAUAAAUUCCCUCUGGCAAAACAUCUGAUGUCUCCUUCUCCUAGCACCAAUAAAUCACCAGAUUUCUUCCUAACAAAGAAGGGAUCCCUUGAAAUGAAUUCCUUUGAUAUUUCUGGUUCUGGAUCUCCUAAAAAUUCCUUCUUUUAUAAAAACAAGCAUUCUCAAGGGAUGGUUCUUGAACAAAAUCAGGAAGAUGGCAGGACUAGACAAAGGCCGCGGCUCCGUGACAGCACUGAAUUUGGCAAUUCCUUCAAGAUGUUACAUCCCAGCGAGAGCAAUAUUGGUCUCAUGGUGAAGGAACCUGGUAAUAAAGAAAGCAGUGUCACAUUAGUCAAGCAUUUCACUGAAGAAAACUGGCAAUAA